AUGAGAGAGAAUCUUCCAUGUAUCUUGACUCGUACCUUGGUACGAGAAGACGGUUCUGCUCUCGAACGAAGUAAGUGCUAUCUCGAUUUUGGCCAAUAUUCUCAUACAUUAUAUCAGGUAAGGAUUCGCUAUGCGCCCUAUAAAAAAGUCUAAGAACAUCUAACUUAUAAUAAAAAGAAAAGGUGGGCCCCUGAACUGAGCACGUCCUCCGAAUCCAUAUCCCUUAGGUAAAUUGUAAAUUAAACGUGCCGCUCUACAGUGAAGCCUGUUCACACUGGGACGAAGACUGGCAAUAAUUCAUCCAAAAUGUGACAAUCCACUUUCAAUAUCGGCGCCGAGCAGCUUCACUCCGACACAGAAAUCGCUACCGCACUCACUUUGCAUCACACGCUCCACCUAAGAAUAGACAUGGAGGCCUGUUCACACCCCAUAGGAAGUUAGUUCAGGGUCUGACGGCAAGUCUCCUAUGAAAAUUCUCACCGCUGGGAAUAUUCUGGGCCUUUUUGAGGAAAGUUUUGAAAAAUUCGGCUACAUGUACAUUAUAGGCGAUCAAAGGACUGCGAUGGUUCACGAUUAUUCCGUGGGGCGUUCAUACGCGGAAAUAAUUUUGUUUUCAACCCAGAAGCUAAUUCCUUGUUGUUUCGUGAAUUCUUGCCUUGACUAAAACAACAUCAGUGUAUGAUGCCUCGGAAAUUAAGGAAAUCAUGACGAAAAUAGUUUCGAUCAAUAAAGACAAUAACCUUUAUUUUCAUUACUAUAUAACAAAGUAUUACAGUAUUGCAAAAGCUACUUGAAUUUAAUUAUUGAUAUUUCCUUUUUAAAAUAAAUAUUUAAAAUAUUAACUUUAAAUAUAAUAAUUAUUGUUAUUUUCAAGCAUCAGUAGGAUUAAUUAUUCCGAUCAUUUGCUGAUAAGACUUAGUGUCAAAUCAGCCAUUGCAAAGCUAUCUUUUGAGAAGCCCAUUACUUUACCAAAGAACAAUAACCAGCCAAAAAAACAUACAUGGGCUGGGAUAGUGACUUCCACUCGGAUAUUAGGUUUGUUAAGAGUUCUGGUGGACGUUUGUGUUAGUUAAUGAAUGUUUGGAUCAGUUAAGGUUUCUGGGAAACUGCCCACCUACCCCUCCCCUAAGCUAACAUUAACACUUAAUUCUCGCUUAGGGAAAAAUGAUGGCUUAGGGGAGGGGUAGGUGGGCAGUUUCCCAGAAACCGAAAUUGCGAAUGUUUGAUGAAAUAAAGAAUUUCCCUUUUUAUUCUUUCCUUUUUUAUGCGAUAGAUGUGUCACCCACAGGGACCCUAGACUGUGAAAUAAGUGCACAGAAAUGUCAACCUCCUUUGGAGACAAAAACCCGUACAGUAGCGCCGAAAGACUCUAAAGUGACUUUGAACUGCUCGAUUAAGAAUGGGGGAAAAGUACAAGACAUGACCUGGCAGGACCUUUUAAGAAACCUCAGUGCCAAUAACGGUCUAUUCUUACAUCAAAAGAAUUCAAAGGAUAAAAAUCUGUCACGUGAAUGUUUUUCAAUAAAAUAUGCCAGUAAGUAUGUUCUUUUGUAUUAUAGUGAAUUAGUUUUAUUGUCUUAUUUUUAAAUGAAUUUAAUCCGUUACAAAUGCCAUGAGGGCCUCGUAACAGGUUUAGGCAGAUUCAAGCUCAGCUGAGGCAAUUUUUACGGUUGGAUUGACCGUAAAAACGGUUUAAGUUAUAGCCAGCUAAAUCACCUCACUUGAAUAUGGUUCAGCGCUGAACUCUAGUUGCUCAUGCCAUGCUGAAGAGCAAGCAAAGCAAAGGGACAUGACAAACAACAAACAAAACAAUCAUUUUGAAAGAUGUUAGCUUUUUGUUUGGCUUGACUCAGUGCGUAGGGCCGCGCUCUCCAGCAUGGCAGGUUUGUGCCACAAAAGUGACUUACUGCAAAGGGCUUAUUCAACAUCAACAAGGCAUGGAGUAAAACAUGGUUGGUCCGUUUGACUGUAGGUAUCUCAAAAAUCGUGAGCUAAGCAACGACGACGACGACGACGGCAGUGAAAAUGUCGCUAAAAAAUUAACUUUGCCUCGUUUCAAAUGUUAUCGCGUCUAUUUGGAGCUGCUUAAUUUGUCAAAUGUAGGCGAUUUCUCUUGGAGUUGAAUUCUUAAGGACUUUAUUCAGUAUCAGAAAGAAAAAGGAGAAUUCGUCGUCGUAUGUUUACUUUCUCUAUAAAACGUCGUAUUAGGAGGUUUCACUUCAUAGUCGUGCAGUCAACGUCAAAGUAAUGUACUAAGAAGCUUGACGCACGUGCAGCAACUGUUGUUUUCAUGGUUCAGAUUUUCACUUUUCAGAUUUUGAUUUUUUUUGCACUAAUUCAAGAGGUUGCUAUAAAAAUUACAAAUAUAUUACAAAAACAAGAAUCGAAGAAGAAAACCAGCAAAUUACAUAAAUCCUGAUCAAAGGUGAAAUGUGCGCAGUGGCUAAAGGAGCUUAGGCUUUCGAGUUGGUCACUUGAGCUCCCUAGUUUAAAUGACUGGGUGCAUUACUUACGAGCUUUGAAAUUAAGACGACGAAUUCCUUCUCAGUUCCAGUUCAGAGAGUAUUCAAGACAAGUUCUCCCGUUGACUACUAUCCUGACACGAGAGAAAUGGAACUGAAUUGUACCUUCAAGGGAUGGCCUCGUCCUCGUGUAGUUUGGUAUAAUCCAGAUAACAAACAAAUCAUCAACGGAUCUGAAGGUUUUUACAUCUCAGAGCAGCUGGAUCGAGAGAAUACCUUAACUUCCCUUCUCCGUAAUGCUAAUAUCCAAGAAAAACAAGCAGGGGCUUACAAAUGCACUGGAAUGAACAACAUUACCGGCUGGUCGACUAAAAAGUCAGGGUAUAUUGACCUGGAUUAUCGCUGUGAGUCAUUUAAUUUCUUAUUUCUAAUACUACACACGGAUGCGCAAAACUACCUCCUUUGAAGCAGGUUCAUAAAAACAUAAUACCAUGUUUCUCCUGUAAGCAAUGGAAAGUAUCCCAUUUAGACUAAGAGGGACAGCUCAUUCUCUCUUGAUUUAGACGGAAGUAAAUAUUGGGUGUUUCAUAUUUCAAAUAACAUAUUAACUUAUUCCUAACUGAAUUUAAAAAAAUGUAACUGACAAUUUCGUGCCACCUUCCUCUUCUAUUCAGACUAAAUGGACGCUGGAAUUUUUAUUUGUUUACCCCCCGGGUCACAAGGGAUAAGUAAAUAGUGGCGCUAGCUCAUCCACAAAGCGGUUCUUUGUCUACCAUUCUGGCUCAAAUUUACUCCGCGCAGCUGGCGGGAUUAACGUGGGAGUGAUGUGUUGUUUUGAUGGCAAUGGCGGAAUAAGGGUGAGAAGCAACAAAACUCCCAACCCGGCCGGCCACAUAUGAUGUUGCCUGAGGAAUCAAGCACAGGACAGUCAUUAAUGAGAGGUGUUCUCACCUGAAAUUCAGUAGAACCUCUAUGUAACGAAGUCUUCGGUAUAAUUAACAAUUAUUCCACUUAUUCCGCGAGUGUGCGUUACAUAUGAGAUGGUAGGUAACCAACGAGGCGCGUAGCGCCGAGUUGGCGAUAAUCAUCUCAUAUCCAACAAGGGCGAGUGGAAUAAUUAUUCUAUUAAAAACGCCCACAAAAUGGCGAGAAUUCUUCCCGACUUUAUUUGUAAACCAACCGAUUUUCAUCUUGUUUUUAAUUUUGAGCAGACGCGUACAGUUACCAUGUUUGAAGAGCAUGGUAUAACGGCCCAUAUACCGUGAUGGAAAAGCCAAUCAGAGCACUAGAAUUGCAUUCUCUAAUAAUUCAAUUUUUAAUAAUAAGCGAUACUCUCCGCCCCAGAAAGAAUACAGCCAAACCCCGUAAGUCCCAACACUGAAGGGGCCGUACUAAGAAAGUGCCUGUAUUAACGGGGUGACCUUAUUAAGCGGAUAGAAAAUGUAAGGGCGCUCUGUCCCCAGGGACAAAGCAAACUGUCCGUAACAAUGAGAUGUCCGUAUUGAGCGGGUUUCCAGACUUAAGCGGGGUUUGACUGUACAAUAAAUGAAAGGAACCUUAAUGUAACGAAACUUCUUUAUAGUGAGCGUAUUUUGCCAGUCCUUUGGGUCUUCGUUCAGCUGUUCGUUAUAUCAAGAUUCCAAUGUGAAGUGUUAUGUGAUUGUUCAAGAGAAAACGAGCCGCCGAAUAGCUAUUGAAAACAACCCUUAGUAGCACAGGUCAUAUUGGUGGGAGGUAGGAGAAGAUCAACCGUUCGUUGGAGCGUCUGUAAAGACGGCGUGACGUGAGACAACUUGCAAAAGAGGGAACCAGUGGGAUAAACGAAAUCAACACGUAAAAACUGCAAAGCGUUGUGAUGCCCCAUAGAUUGUCACAAAUACUCAGGAGGGGAGGGUAAGAGUAAGAAUGUUACCCCCUACGGUUGCAAAAAAAAAUGGUAACGAUUUUCAAAUAAUAGUUGCUCAUCAUAUCUUCUUAUCAUCUAAUACAGGUUUCUUGCCUAAAGCUCCGCAGAUUACUUCUCCCACGGUUUCGGUGACAGCCUACUCCAAUGUCAGUUUAAAGUGCGAAGUAGGUGUUAGGCCAAGCGACUGUUGGGACAAUUCUUUAGGGUGGUAUUUUAACAACAACUCAGGGGAAUUAGAAUCUGAUGAAAAGUAUGGUAUACAAAAAAGGACAACGAACACCAGAUGCAAAAUAGAUUUCAUUCUCACCAUUGUUAACGUUACUGAAGCAGACGAAGGAAACUAUAAAUGUCAGUGGCUCUGCGACAAGGACUACCCCAGCCUAUUCAAGUUUUCAAUUAUCCAGUUGAAAGUAUUUCCUCCUUCAGUAGCAGGUACUGAUACUCCUAUGAUAUCUAAAGGUCUUGUGUCACGACAUUUA